AUGGCGACAACAGCGACGAUAGCGGCGGCCAUCGCAGCGAAAAAUCGUCCUACAAUACCAUCAGGCUUCCCUACUCGCGCCCCAGGCCGCGCUUCCAGGCCAACACCUCUCGUUUUCCCCGACGAUGAAUACGACGACGACCCCAUACUCAGAGAAGCAGCAUCUCGACCCAGACGAUCAUCGACGGUCUCCGCAGACUCCGACUCUGAAGAUUCACCACAUUCACCAGUCCUGUCUGCACUCGAUUCGUCAGCCGCGUUAAUCCUCGUACACGACGAGAACGACAAUGCGAAUGACCAUUUCGAAUUCUCCGACGACGAGACGGGAGAGGAUGAUGACAUUGUCAGCCCGGUUUUCGAGAUCAGAAGAACAUCUAUUCCUGCCCUACCUUCCCUCUCGAUAUUGCUCUACCUGCUCUCGCCGUACCUCAAGCUGGGAACCCUGAACGUGCUGGGGAGUGCCGAAGGGGUGCCGUUGAAGCAUUCCCUACCUGCCUUGUUCGGCCUUGCGAUUAUGUCGGCCUUUUCAAGGCAGCUGUGGUACUUGCUGGCACGAUACCUGAAGAAGGCGGAUAUCAUGGAGGUCUUUUGUGAUGCAUUUGCGAAGGCGCGAGGGAAGGAACGGCAGCGUCGGAUAAUUCGUACGACUGUCAAGGUCUGUACGGCUAUUGUCAACGCAUUGUUGGCUAUUGUAUAUCUACACGAAUCUGCAAACAGUUUACUUCCGCUUCUCUCAGAUUCUAUCUUCGCGCGUAUAUUCAUCGGCAUGCUCUUUAGUGUGCUGAUACUGUAUUUGUCGACUGCUCAAUCUCUCGCCUCAAAACGGGUGCUCUGGGCCUCAUGGCUCUCAAUCCUGUCCUUCCUCGUCUGGUACUCUUGUGUGAUUUAUGCCCAUGCAAAGGGCAAACUUCCACAUGAAGGUGGAUGGUUCAGCACUCAACCAUCGUCAUGGCAGGCUAUCUUCAUGAUAGCGUUUGCAUUUACCACCACCUCCACCCUUCCUCUUUACGCCUCAUUGAAGAGCGGUACUAACAAGCUCAUCUCGACCGCCAAAACUCCCCGAUCACGUUCCUUCCGCAUCCUGUCACUGUUGUCCACCUUCUUGGCUACAGCUCUGAUCCUCCCAUUGGUUAUCUUUGCCGCAAAACCCAAUAUCCCUGCUUCACGUGACAUUCCUCCCUCUUCACAGGCCGUUCCCAAAUUCCCAAAACCUUCAUCACCAGAAGGCAUCCGCAUUGCCCUCGCGUCCCUAUCCUCGGCCACCCUCCUCCUGGCCGUCCCUCAAGCCAUCCUAACCGUCCCAGCCAUCCCGCUCCGCCUCGGCCUCGGGCGAACAGGAAAUGUACCUCGAACCCUUACUUCGCUCCUCAUCAUCUUCCUUGCUACCCUCCUUUCUUUUAUCCGCUCCUCCUUCAUCGCACACCUGUUUACCCCUCUCAACAUUGCCCUGGUCGUCUUCACCCUCCUGAGCACAUACUUCCUCCCCGCCUUCCUCCACAUCUCAGUCCACUUCUUCAAGCGACCACUGGCGAUCGUAAUACCCAGGACACCCCUCCUCCAAACGUCGAGCAGUAAUGGGAACGGUGCUUCGCCCAACGGGGAUCCUGGCCCGAGUUCGGUAUCGGGACUGGCCUCUGGGGCACUGGGCGAGACGCAGAGAGGGAUGCCGGACGAGUUGUUGCAGAGGAAGGAGAGGGCGUUGCAGAAGAAGCAGUUCAAGAAGCGCAUCGUGUGGGAUGUGGGUGCGUGGGUGCAGGUGUGGUUGUGUGCUGCGGGAGUGGUCGUUGGGUUUUCUUUGUUGUGGUCGUCGUAG